AUGGCAGCAGCGAGAAACCUCAGCGGAAAAGUGGCUCUCAUUACAGGAGCCAGUUCUGGUAUUGGUGCUGCAACUGCUGUCUUGUUCUCCAAGCUGGGAGCUUCUCUGGUCUUGACUGGACGAAAACUUGACAACUUAUCAGCGGUGGGAGCUGAAUGUGAGAAGAACUCACAAGAGAAACCUCUUCUGCUGAUUGCUGACUUGGACAAGGAAGACGAUGUGACUAACAUUGUGACAGACACUAUCAAACGUUAUGGAAGACUUAACAUUUUGGUGAACAAUGCCGGAAUUUUGGAGUCUGGAAGUAUUGAAAACACUUCAUUGGAACAGUAUGAUCGUCUCUUCAGAACGAACGUCAGAUCCAUAUAUCAACUGACCAUGCUGUUGACACCCUACCUGGUUGAGGCCAAAGGAAACAUUGUCAAUGUGUCCAGCGUCAAUGGCAUCCGCUCGUUUCCUGGAGUCUUGGCCUACAAUAUGAGCAAGGCUACUGUGGACCAAUUCACCAGAUGUGUGGCACUCGAACUUGCACCUAAACAAGUGAGAUGUAACUCUGUCAACCCCGGUGUGACCAUCACAGAACUACAGAAGAGAGGUGGCUUGAAUGAUGAAGCUUACAAAGCUUUUAUUGAGAGAAGCAGAACGACGCAUGCCCUGGGCAGGCCAGGAGAAGCUGAUGAAGUGGCCAGGACCAUUGCAUUUUUGGCAUCUGACGACGCGUCCUUCGUCACUGGAGUCAGUCUACCCGUGGACGGAGGCAGGCACGCCAUGUGCCCACGAUAA